AGGCUUGAUGCUGUCCGCUCCUGCCCUGUCCUGUGCUAAGUGUCAUUAUGGAUGAAGAAACCCUUGAGGCGGCCAUCAGUACCUAUGGUGCCCAGCUGCAGCAGGUGGAGACAGCCUUGUCAGCUGGCCUGGACCCUUCCCAGCAGUCAGACCUGCUCAAACUGAAAGAAGACCUCAGCCAGCUGAUAGAGCUCACAGAGGCCAGCCUGGUGUCCGUCAAAAAGAGUCGGCUCCUGGCCAGCCUCGAGGACAGUAACAGUGGACUGCAGGCGAACAGUUCAGGGGCGGCAGCAGACACAAAUGGUACAAACGGCAGUUUGGACGAUGAGUUUGCUGCUUUCUACUCUACGCUGGGGGAGUCAUCGGGGAGUAGCUCUGAUGCUAGAGAGAAGGACAAUGAGGAGGAAGGUGGGGUAGAGGAUGGUGAAGACGAGGAGGAAGAAGAAGAAGAUGCACUCAGUGGUACCAAAGUAAGAGCACCGUACCGGACAACGUGGGGGACACUGGAGUAUCACAAUGCCAUGGUGGUGGGGGCAGAACCGCCAGAUGGAGAAGAGGCACAAGUAAGAGUGCUGUACGUCUACCCCACCCAGAGGUCUAUGAAACCCUGUCCAUUCUACUUAGAGGACAAGUGUCGAUUCCUGGAUAAUUGCAGGUAA